GAAAAGUCUCCAUUCUUUCAUCGUUGACUCUUUCGUGGUUGGAGACUUGGAGUGCAUAAGAAUUUUCAUCCAACAAGAUGGGACCUGCUAAAUGUUCAGCACAUCAAGAUCUUUGAACACCUUCUUACUUUACUGCAUUCACUUCUAAAUUAACUCUUCCAAAAUUUAGGGUUUUUCACUAUCCUAAUUAUGAACAAAUCUAUGAUUCCUGAAGAUCCGAAUUCCCAAUUCACGAAGAACACAUCAUUCAAUCAUAGUACUUCACACCAAACCCUAAAUUCAUCAGAUCGGAGGUAUGCCUAUUCUCGUCAAUCUUCAUUUCAACAACAAUUUUCACCGCGAACUCCGAUGACGAUGAUCUCGAACAAUAACUCAAUGAUGCCGGGAUUUUCGCGGAGUGUUUCGAGCAUUGAUAUUCCACCUGCAAGAAAUGAGGAUGAUUAUCACUUGUGGAAAGAUUCGGCUAAAUCAGAGGAGAAUUUGUCGUCGAUUGAGUUGAUUUCAUCGGUUUUUCGAGCUUUGAGGAGUGGAAAUCGGCCUAUGAAGAGGUUGUUUCUGUUGAUUUCGCUAAAUGUGGCGUAUUCGACUGCCGAGCUCUUCAUUGGCCUUCUUUCUGGUCGUGUCGGUUUGGUAUCUGAUGCAUUUCAUUUGACGUUUGGAUGUGGCCUUUUGACAUUUUCAUUAUUUGCGAUGGCUACUUCUCGGAGAAAGGCAGAUCGAGUCUACACUUAUGGGUAUAAGAGGCUUGAAGUUUUGUCUGCCUUCACGAAUGCUCUGUUCCUUCUAUUUAUGUCUUUUUCUUUGGCUGUGGAAGCGCUUCAUGCAUACAUACAAGACGAGUCGGAGCAUAAGCAUUAUCUCAUUGUUUCAGCCGUGACGAAUUUGUUGGUGAACCUUGUUGGUGUUUGGUUCUUUAGGAAUUACGCUCGAAGAAAUCUUGCCUACAGAAAUGCAGAAGAUAUGAACUACCACUCAGUGUGCCUUCAUGUCAUUGCUGAUUCAAUCCGCAGUGCAGGUUUGAUUCUGGCGUCUUGGCUUUUGGCUCUGGGGAUUCAGAAUGCUGAAGUAUUGUGUAUGGGACUAGUUUCAGUUGCAGUCUUUAUGCUUGUAAUGCCACUAUUUAAGGCAACAGGUGGAGUUUUGCUGCAAAUGGCACCACCAAGUAUUCCAUCCUCAGCUAUGAGCAAAUGUUCAAGACAGAUUGCUGCUCUUGAAGAUGUCACAGAAAUCUAUGCAUCGCGUUUCUGGGAAUUGGUGCCUGGUUAUCUUGUUGGUUCACUCUCUUUACAGUUAAAAGCGGGGGCUGAUGAUAGAUCAAUUCGACAGUUUGUGCAUGGUUUAUACCAUGAUCUCGGGGUCCAGGACCUCACACUACAGACUGAUUAUGUCUGAAUUUCAUGAACUGCUGUUGUAGAUUUGAUUUUAUAAAUAUUUUUUACUCUUUAUUGUUUUGCCUGAUAAUAUAGUCUCAAAACAUACUUUAUAGGCUUUUUCUCUUUUAGAAAAUCUUUGUAGACUGAGCAAAUUCCUUAAAAAAAAAAAAUUGAAAUGUCUUUUUUUUCUUUU